AUCUAAAGAAAGAAAUUUUUGUAAAUUCGUAUUUUUAUAAAUUAAUAAAAUUUCAAAAUUCUAACAUUAUUAAUUUAUAAAGGUUCUAGCGUUAUGUAUGUUUUCCAAGUUAUAAAAUGGGCCACCAUAAUGAUAUUAUUUUUAACGAUCCAGCCCAUUAGGCCAUAGAGCUCAGCACCAUAAGUGUUUUAGCAAGGAGCAUUUGAUUAUUCGAAUUGUAUACAGUGCCGGCUCUUGAACGAAGCUGAUCAAGCACCUGCUUGCGGCUAUUUUUUUUUUUUGAAACACUUUUUUUUAGGGGUGCAACACAAGGACUUUCUGGGAGGUCACUCAUCCUAGUACUAUUCUCACACAAACACGUUUAACUGCAGAGUUCUGAUGGGAUCCGGUGCAUUAGUGCUGGUGUGAUCGCACCCGCGGCUAUUUAUCUCAUUAAUUAAUUUCGGCAGUUUACUUGGAGUAUCUUCAUUGGUGUAGUGGUAAACUCAUAUGUCCACUCUUUCAUCAGUACCAGGGUUUAAAUAACCGGUGGCUACAAUUCUGUUUUUUCUUUCUUUUUUUUCUCUGUUUUUUUCUUUUCAGAAGACGGCCACUUUUUUUUUGCUUGCUUCCAGCCCUUCAAAUCUGAUUGUAUAUCGUGGCUUGUUACUCUCCACAUCUUUCAGGUGAGUCCCCUCUCGAGUGAAUAGAUUAAGCGGCGUUGACGUGUUUAAACCUCCUCCUCUUAACAAAUAAAUAUCCUCCAUGCAACAUUCUUAAUCCCCACGCCUUUUCUCAUUAUAUACCAAUCCUACCCCCACGGGCAAACCUAUUGUUUACUGAAGAGGAAAGCCAAGAAUGGCAUUCACCGUAAAUAACACCAAAACUAGCACCGUCUCUUUAGCUGAAGUUACUAAAAUUAAAAGAGUAUCAACGCAAUCACGUGUCGUAUCCUUUUUAAUCUCUUUUUAAUUGGGCUGCCAGAAGAAAAAAAAAAUCUCUCUUUUCCAUAAAGUAAUAAAUAAAAUAAUGUUGGAAAAUCCUCCGCCAGAAAAUGGAUAUGCGACUUCAACCGUAAAUUAAUGAUUAAAAUAAUAAUUAAAAAAAUAAAAACAAAUAAUUAACGAAGAAGAAACGAAACGAAACGAGUCAACAACAGUGUAGAGAAGAGAUUCAUUGCGUAGAUAAGUUUAUAGUCUUACAUUAUAUUUCUUCUUCAUCUUCUUCGUCUCCUUGGUGUGAGUUUUGAAUUUGGAGGUUUAUUCGCUUCUUCUCCCACUUGCCUCACCGCAUCGCUGUAUGAUCUGAUAGUGUGUGAUCUCUCGGUAACUGGGCAUGGAGGCUGUGUUGAUCGGUGAAGAAGCUGUGGCGAGCAGCAACUUACAAUUCAAAGGAAGAGUGGAUGAUGUUCCUUGUCAGCUCGAAGCUGGGAACGAUUGUACAGGAAGCUCAGCUGACAUGAAGAAUGUUGUUGAUGAUAUCAACAAGCCUCCGGUGGAAGAAUCUGUUGGAGGAGCUUCUUCUAAGAUCUGUGUUGAAGAGCUCAGAUUGGUGAAUAAUAGGAUAGUUAAUGUAGAUAGUUCUAGUUCUAGGGCUGGCAAGUUUGAGCAUGUAUAUAAUAAUAAUCUUGCUCAAGGCUCUCCUCCUGCGUUUAGGCUAGGAGAUGGAGAUGUUGAUUCUCAUAUGCUGUCUAGAAUCAGACAACAGCUUGCGGGAGCUUCUUCUGAAAGGCUAAACUAUAUCAAUAGGAGGAGCCAUCAGAAUCUUGAAGCGUUUUCUCAACGUCUUAGAGCAGCUGGAGAUAACAGCAUUAAUAUGAACGCACCUGCAUUGAGUUCUUCCAGUUUCCUGAGUGCUAUGAAGGGGGAAAACCAAGAAACUCCUCCUGACUUUGUCUCUGGCCAAGAUUGCCAGGAAAACAAGUUGGAUAAUAGCAAGUCGCAUAUCCCAGGAAAUUCAAGUCACAAAGGACAUGGUGAUGGAAUCAGUUUGAGGGAGUUUCUUAGAUCAAGUUAUGGUAAACGAGAGAGACGGCAUGGCCUUUCUCUAUUUAGGCAGCUGGUGGAGCUGGUUGACUCAGCCCAUUCGCAAGGAUUAUUCUUGGUGGACUUGAGACCAUCCCUUUUCGCUUUGGUCCCUUCCAAGAAACUUAGGUAUACUGGUACGUUCGGAAAGAACAACGGUGACGAAGAGGUGAAUAGGAAGAGGCCGGGGACUCAGGAAUCAUCUGUUAUGGGUAGGGAUUUGAAGAAAAGAAAAAUGGACCUUGAGGCUCCUUCAACUGGGAGACCUUUCGAAAGGAUCAGCCCUGUGAUUGAUUUGAACGUGGUUGAUGCAUAUAAUCCAGACAGUUGUGAACUUCAACAGCAAAACUAUAGAAAAAGUUUAGGAGUGGCAUCGAUGACGAGGAGAAAACAGUCUAUGUCCACAUGGCUUGAAGAGCAAUGGUAUACUUGUCCAGAGGAGAUAAAUGGAGAAGACUCCGGAGAAAAAUCAAACAUAUAUGCCCUUGGUGUUCUUCUGUUUGAGUUGCUAUGUCAUUGCGAGUCCAGUGAGAUGCAUGCUGCAAUGAUGGCAGAUUUACGUCAUCGGAUUCUCCCACCAGCAUUUCUCUCCAAAUAUCCUGAGGAAGCUGGAUUUUGUCUUUGGCUACUACAUCCGGAACCCUCCUCGAGACCAACAGCUAGAGAAAUACUAAAUUCUGAGUUGAUAUCCAAGAAUGAUUCGGCGAUAACGACUGCUGCGGAUGAGGAGAUGUCUGAGCUGUUACUUCAUUUUUUGUCUUCACUAGAAAAGCAGAAGAAGAAAAAUGCAACUAAGCUUUUGCAAGACAUCCAGACCUUGGAGGAUGAUAUUAAGGAAGCCGAGCAAAGAUAUUCUUCAAAUGCAUCUCUGGUGAGAUCUCAUGGAGCUAUUGAAACAAGAGUGCAAUCAUCUCCCCUAGACGAGCGCUGUACAACUUCUUCUGGCGCCUUGUUUGCACCAGCUGCUAAUACUGACAGGCUGAUGAUGAGUAAUCUCCGUCAACUCGAAGAUGCAUAUUUCUUCAUGAGAUCACAAAUGAAGUUAUCCAAUUCCGCCGCCCGUUCUGACAAAAGCCUUAGGUGGUCUGAAAACCAAAAUGAGAAUCAGGAAACGAAAACCAAAGAAAAAUCUUCAGAUCAAGUGGAAGUGUUUUUCGAGGGGCUGUGCAAAUUUGCUCGGUAUAGCAAGUUUGAAACCUGUGGGACAGUAAGAAGUGGAGAUCUUUUAAACUCUACUGCUAGUGUGGUAUGCUCAUUGAGUUUUGACGCUGAAGAGGAACACAUAGCAGCCGCUGGGAUAUCAAAGAAAAUCAAGAUUUUUGACUUCAAUGCGUUUAUGAAUGAAUCUGUCGGUGUUCAAUAUCCACUAGUUGAGAUGGUCAGCAAAUCCAAAUUAAGCUGUGUUUGCUGGAAUAAUUACAUCAAAAACUACUUAGCCUCGACUGACUACGAUGGUGUAGUUCAGAUAUGGGAUGCAGGGACUGGACAAGGAUUCUCCCAGUAUACAGAACAUCAGAAGAGAGCCUGGUCAGUUGAUUUUUCUCCAUCUGACCCGACAAAAUUUGUCAGUGGAAGUGAUGACUGUUCGGUAAAGCUUUGGAGCGUCAAUGAGAAACGUUCAUUAGGCACAAUCUGGAGUCCAGCUAACGUGUGUUGCGUGCAAUUCUCUGCAUAUUCCAAUCACUUAUUGGCAUUUGGGUCAGCUGAUUACAAGGUCUAUUGCUAUGAUCUUCGGUACGUCAGAACUCCUUGGUGCACAUUGUCUGGCCAUGAGAAAACUGUUAGCUAUGUUAAAUUUAUGGACUCAGAAACCAUUGUCUCUGCUUCCACUGAUAACUCUCUCAAGCUUUGGAAUCUUAACAAGACUGGUUUAUCUCCUGGUGCUUGUCCAUUGACGUAUAAAGGACAUACAAAUCAAAAGAAUUUUGUUGGAUUAUCAGUUUUGGAUGGAUACAUAGCAUGUGGUUCAGAGACCAAUGAGGUAUAUAGUUACUAUAAAUCCUUACCGAUGCCAAUGACUUCAUACAAGUUUGGAGCUGUGGAUCCCAUUUCUGGAAACGAGUGCUUCGAUGACAAUGCGCAGUUUGUGUCGAGCGUCUGUUGGAAAAAAAAGUCGAAUAUGCUUGUAGCUGCGAAUUCUACUGGAAACAUGAAGCUACUAAAGCUGGUUUGACAUUUGUGGCAUUGGACUCCUUGAGUAACUUCUUUUGACAGCUGUUUGAAGUGAAGCAAUGCUUUUGCAUUGGAUACAAUGAUCCUAUAUGACCACGACAGGUUGGCAAACAUACAAAUUUUGGAGAUGUUGAAGCAAAAAGCUGUAUGUGAUAAUAUAUGAUUCUUCUUCAUGCAACUCCAUAUAUGAAAAGAAUUUAUCUGAUUUCUUCGGAAGUGAUUCAGAUUUGGUCUUUGGCGAGGUCGGCAUCAAUGUGUAAUGAUGAGAGGUAUAUAAGCUGUACAAGUGUGUUCGCAUAGCUUAACUAUGCAAAUAUUGUUGGAGAUUUUCUGUUAGGGAUAAAUAGAGAGAUAAGAAGCCUCUGUUUAUUAGUUCUCAGUUCAGUAAACAUUUAUUCAUGGCUACUUCUCCUCUUCAUAUUUCACAAUUUCUUUUUGAUCA